AUGAAUCGAAUUAAACGUCUACCAGAUGAAGUUAUCGCCAGGAUAGCUGCUGGGGAAGUUGUUGUACGUCCUUCUCAUGCUGUAAAGGAGUUAAUAGAAAAUAGUUUGGAUGCAGGGUCAUCUAGCAUAUCUUUACAGCUUAAGCAUGGAGGUUUAAAAGGUUUGCAAAUAAUUGAUAAUGGGUAUGGAAUUGACAAAGCAGACUUCCCAUUACUAUGUGAACGAUUUACAACUAGUAAAUUAAGAUUAUUAUCAGAUAUUGAUUCUUUAAAAACAUUUGGUUUUCGUGGUGAAGCUUUAGCCAGUAUUAGUUAUGUAUCAAGAUUAUCAAUAACUUCAAUGACAGAUUCUUCAUCUUGUGCAUUUACAGCCUCCUUUAUUGAUGGAAAGAUUAUAUCAGAUAUUACUCCUGUUGCAGCUAAUCAAAGAGGUACAAUAAUUAAAUUUUCUGAUUUAUUUUACAAUAUGCCAGCUCGUUUAAGGUCACUUGGAUCUUCCUCUGAAGAAUAUUCUAUGUGUUUAGAAUUAGUACAAAAGUAUUGUAUAGAAUUUUAUAAAGUAGGAUUUUCAGUAAGGAAAUUUGGGAAUACUUGUUUGGAUUUAAGAACUCCAGGGGGAGAUAAUAUACAACGUGAAGAUGUAAUUCAAUUACUAUAUGGUAGAGAAUUAUCAAAAGAUUUGAUAUAUUUAAAUAUAUCAAGUAAUAUAAAUUCCCACUCCUCUGAUGUAAAAAGUGAAGAACUUUCAUUACAUUCACUAAUUCCAAAAUAUAAUAUUAAUUUAUAUAUGUCUAAUCUUAAUUAUCGUCCAAAAAAGUCGACAGUAAUAAUAUUCAUAAAUCAAAGACUAGUUUCUAGUUCAUCAAUUAAGCAGGCAAUAGAUAUGGCAUACCAAUAUACAGGUACACAAUAUUGGGUAUUUAUUUCAAUAAAGGUACCUCCAGAAACUAUAGAUCCAAAUGUACAUCCUACUAAAAGUAAAGUCCAGUUAACUCAUGAUGUCCUAAUUGCUGAAAUUAUACAAAAUAGAAUGAUAAAAGCUUUACAAGAUACUAGCUCAUCAAGAUCUUUAAAUGUAAAUGACUUGAAUUCAUUUUCAGAUGUUAAAAAACCUGAUAAAUCUUCAAAUAAACCUACUAAGGUAAGAACUGACUCUCAGCAAUGUUCUAUAAGGGAAUUUACAAAUUCAGAAAGUAAUGUAAAAACAGCAUAUAAAAUAUACUCUAUAGAUGGAACAUUUGAAAAUAAGGGAAGCUUAGGAAUUCAAACAAAUUUGAUUAAUAAAGGUUCUAUAACCCAGGAAGAUACUAGUGAGGACUCUGUAAAUAAAACAAAAAAAAUUAUAAUUAAUAAGAACAACACUGAUGAUUCUAUAGAUACAGAACUAACAUCUUAUUCAUCUUCAUCUUGUAAACUUUUGCAUAAUUCCUUGCAUAGUCAAGUUACUCAAUUAAUUUCAAAUAAUAAUAAUUUAAUUCAAGAAACUAUUAGUGAAGAUAAAGAAAUCUCAUCUAAGUUAGAGAUAAAAAAUCUUAUAGAUAUAAAAUCUUGUACUCAAAAUAUUCAUAUUUUAUAUUGGUGUACUGAGAAUGAGAAUUCGAAUAAUAAUAAUGAAACAAAACUUGUAACCCAAAGAAUUAUUAAAAAUUAUUGGAAUAAUAUUUCUGAAGGGAUAGAAGAUGAUUUGGCAAGAUCUUUAUCUAAUAGUAUUUAUAUUGGGUUAGUCAAGCAUCCUAUAUGCUUAGUUCAGGCAGAAAAUGAAUUAUUGCUGGUAAACACAAAAAAGAUGGCUAACUUAGCUAUUAUUCAAUCUAUUAUAGAUAGACUUGGAAGACUCCCAACAUUAAGGUUUAAUCCUCCUAUUGAUUUAAGAGAGAUUUUUAGUCUUAUGGAAAACCAUUAUAACUCUAAGUCACAGUUUAAAUACAAUGAUAAUUUAUUUAGUAAAUAUACUAAUUCAAAUUUACGAAUUAAUUUAGAAAAAUCUGUGAUUUUAUUGAAUCACUAUUCUUCUUAUAUUUCUUCAAUAUUUGGGAUUUAUAUUAAUGUUAAGAAUAUGCAACUAGAAACAUUCCCACUAUGUUUUGGUGAUUACUUACCCAAUAUAGAUAUGUUACCAAAUACUCUCUACCAAAUAAUUUCCCUAUUAGAUACAUUUUAUGAUAGUAUAUCAAACCUUUAUCAAAAUAUUUUAGAAAAUAAUCUAAAACCUGAAAUAUUGGAAUCAAAUUUAGAUAACUUUGCAAAUUCUUUAUUAGAAAUUGUAAAAGUAAUUUCUUUAUGUUACAUUUCUGGUCCUGAAUGUAAUAGUGAACAUUUAUUCCAAGCAAUAAAGCGUAAUAAUUGUUUAGUAAUACCUUCAAGUAGUCUUGAUAGUACGACAGUUAUACAUGUAACUAGUUUGGAAAAGUUAUACAGGGUCUUUGAAAGAUGCUAA